AUGGUGCUACUCAUAACGACGCCCAUUGCGCACAGUUCCUACAUAAUUCGGCAUAAAGCACGCAGAGAGUCAGCUCGGGUUCCAAACACUGCUCCAGUCACUGUUCACUACUACAAGAACUUGCUACGCCUGAGCGUAGGCUCAGCUAUGCACCAAUCGAACUUGCUAUAUGCCCCACCAACACACGACAAGCAAUCCACAUGUACACCAUUACAUCUCGCGUAA